GGCACACUUUGACAGAUGCAUGUCGGCUAGUUGGGAACUAUCAUACACUCACACCAAACAUGCAUACCCUACAAGACCCACUGUCUUGUGGCGUGCAGCCGCAGCUCUUCAUGACAUGUAUUAUGUAUUUUUACACAUGGAUGUGCAAUGGUGGAUAUCAAAGGUGAAGGACAAGUGGAAACUUCCCAUUUUGCUCUACAUAAUAGUUUCAGGCCAUAUCACGACGAGCCAGCUGGCGUGAUUCACCAAGCAGUUUUACCGCAAGCUUGAACCAUAUGUCAAGGACGCUGGAGACAGAGAACAUGAGUCCUACUCUUGUCCUCAUCAUUUGCUCCUGUGUUGUCCAUGCUGCACAUGCUGCAGACAUAUGCAGUGAUGGCAAGUAUGGACCAUCAUGUUUAUCCAACUGUGGACAAAACUGCAAUGAGUCCAGAUGUUUGUCGGAACCCGGAAGUGGAACAUUCAGAUGUAGUACCGGGUGUAUUGAUGGCUGGACGGGGCAAAUGUGUCACUGGAAGUGUCGUAAAGGAUGUAUGUCAUGUGAUCAGGUUACUGGGGAAUGCCGGGAAGACUGUGUCGAAAAUUGGUGUGGUGCAAACUGUGAUUCCUAUUGUGGACCUGGAAAAAAUGACGGAAGUGCAAAACCAGGCUGCCUGGAUGUCCUUUGCCAGCAUUGUGUGAAGGGCUUGUACGGUGAUGACUGCAGUAAAGCAUGCCCCGCUAACUGUGACUCCGGGUGUAGCAAGACGUCUGGAGAGUGUGACCAUCAGUGCAUCCGUGGCUACCAUGGACCUUCCUGCAGCGCCCCCUGCACGACCACCUGCAAGGAAGGCUGCAAUCAGACAGACGCCUCCUGUCUUGGCUGCCAGUGUGGCUGGCACGGGCGUCAGUGUCACAUGUCCUGCAGCAACACCUGCCUAAACCACGUGUGCUAUCAGGAUACAGGGGAGUGUGCUGUCGCUGUCAAAUAUUCACUUACCAGUUUUCAGAAGUGUAAACGUAUAAAAACAGGUUCUGUGGUCAUUGGGAACUGUAGUGUUGGUUGUGAAUCUGGAUGGAGAGGCGCGAGGUGUGACCAGAAAUGCCCAUCAGAAUGCUACUCCUGUAGCCAGUUCCCAAACGCCGAGCUGUGCACCUUCACCAUAGAUGUCACGAAAACUCGCACGCAUGGAUACGCACCUGAAACAUCGGAUACAUUUAAGAUUCGCAUCCUCUACGCCUUUCUGCUUGUGAUUCCGCCGUUCCUUGUUGUAAUGGUGGUGCAGAUGAUAUGCUUAACUUAUUUGAAAUACAGGAUCAGAUUUUGCAACCGAAAACAAUAUGAAGUGUGUGAAACAAUUAACAGUGAGAAAUUCGUCUGAAUGCACAUCUUCCUCAGCCUUGACAUCAAGCGUGCCUUUGAUGUAGCAGACGAUGUAGAGGAAGAUUCUCAUGCAUAUAUUAUUUAUAGUCAAUCAGAUCGCUGACUUUUUCCAGUGCGGGGUCAUGGUCAAGGUCCACGACGAACGGGGCACGGCAAUGGGCCGACCGUACGUAAACUCAUUUUAUCAUCAGGUUUAUGUGUCGUGAAAAGGAUGACGAUGGGCGGGCUGACAGGUGCCAUUGAUCCAGCGUGUUUGGACGCAUGGUGUUUGUGUAUACGAGCCAGCACCAUUCGGUAAGUCGAAAAACCACGAGAGUUUGAGGAGCUUCUGAAGACGCUGGCUCCCAAAAUACGGCUUCGGAAAUAAAAAAAUUCAGCUAUGUUUCAUUACGAAGCCAAUAAAAGUAUUGACAACGUUCCUGUUCCUCGAACAAACUAGAUGAAUUGACCUGGUUACAUUACUUUCGUUUUGUGACCACGUAUCUUGGAGCUCCUACUUUUUUGCGUUACAAGCCCCUUUGGAUUUAUUGGUGGAAAUUAGCCUGCUGGCAUUAACAUUGCCAACGGAACCAAACUGAAAUAUUUUUUAACUGUUCCUACAUUACCCAUAGUUAUGAUGUGAAAACCAAUGACUAAAUACUGUUCAUAGACUACCUAAGGCAUUCCCGAAGCCAACCUGUUAUUCUAACGACCUCACAUAUCUUUAUGAUCAAUAACAUGACAUAUCCGUUCACUCGACUCCUCACAUAUAUUCAUAUUUCCUGUCUUCCAUAACAUAAGGAAAUACCGCGACUCCAUUGCUGCCAGGAAUAUGAUCCUGGAAGCGGAAUAUGCCGAGGCACAAAUAUGAAACAGAAAUGCGAUUCAUGAGUGAAGUUAAUUGAUUUAAAUAUACUUGCCACGAUAUCCGUUCGACUAUCAGAACGUACACUGCAAUGUUGUCUUGUAUUUUCACGAAGUGUACUUUUGUGUACGAUUGUCCAUGGCAAUGUUUACAUCUGCAGCUUCUCCCCAUAUUUCUUUGUCGUUAUCUUUUUUUUAUAUUGACCAUAUAUAAAUUGCAGAAUAAAAAACGUCAACGACA